AUGCCGCAAAAAAAGAAAAGUAGUCUUUCUCAAUACACUAGAAGGGCUAAAAGGAUGAGACAAGUUCGAUCGCAAGAGACAAAUGAGGACCGUGAGCACCGUUUAGCUUACAAUAGAGAACAAACUGCGGAAUCUCGGGCAUCAAAGUCCAGUUUUAAUAAUGAAACGCGCUUAGCUACAGAUCGCGAACGUCACGCGUUGUCUCGCGCUUCGGAAACAUUAACAAAUUACUCUCAGCGUUUAAAAGUAGACCGUGAACGUCAUAUCGAGUCUCGAGCUAUAGAGACGUUUACGGAGCAUUCAGAAAGGUUGACUGCAGACCGUGAACGUCAUGCUGAAAGUCGCGCUUCAGAAACGUUUACGCAAUAUUCAGACCGCUUGACAGCAGACCGUGAGCGUCAUGCUGAGUUUCGCGCUUCGGAAACAUUUACGGAGUGUUCAGAACGGUUGACUGCAGACCGUGAACGUCAUGCUGAGUCUCGCGCUUCAGAAACGUUUACUCAAUAUUCGGAACGCUUGACUGCAGACCGUGAGCGUCAUGCUGAGUCUCGCGCUUCAGAAACGUUUACUCAAUAUUCGGAACGCUUGACUGCAGAUCGUGAGCGUCAUGUCGAGUCUCGCGCUUCGGAAACAUUUACGGAGUGUUCAGAACGGUUGACUGCAGACCGUGAAAGUCAUGCUGAGUCUCGCGCUUCAGAAACGCUAACUCAAUAUUCGGAACGCUUGACUGCAGACCGGGAACGUCAUGCAAGAUCACGUGCUUCGGAAUCAUUUACUCAAUAUGAAGCGAGGUUAGCAGCAGAUAGGGAGAGCCGUUCGCAAAAUAUUUUAAAAAUUUCAAAGUCAAUGACUCAAAGAGAGUAA